AUAGCGAUAUGGUAUAAACUAAACGUAAAUAAUUAAAAUCAGUUUGUUCGCGGCAUAGUGUGUGGGUGGUGCUGAGUGUAUCAAAAGAAAAAAAAUAAUAAGCCAAUAUGCUACGAAAUUUUACCAAAAUUUUACAAGUUCAAAAAGCAAAAUUGUCUGCCGCUGCUGCACCGGCGCCUCAAACAAACCCAGAAAUAUUAUACACAGGGCUUUUCAUCAACAAUGAAUGGGUGAAAUCAUCAGAUGGCAAGACAUUCACAACAGAGAAUCCUGCUACAGAAAAGGUGAUAGCAGAGGUGCAACAAGCAGGGAAAGCUGAUGUGGAUAAAGCUGUGAAAGCCGCUAAGGAUGCAUUCAAAUUGGGGUCACCUUGGAGGAGGAUGGAUGCUUCAGAGAGGGGUUACUUGCUUAACAGACUUGCAGAUCUUAUUGACAGAGACAAGGUUUAUAUAGCCAGCUUGGAGACACUUGACAACGGCAAACCGUAUACCGCGUCAUAUUACGGUGACGUAACGGCUUCUGCCAAGAAUUUGCGCUAUUACGCCGGCUGGGCAGACAAGAAUCAUGGAUAUGUUCUGCCUACUGAUGGCAAUUACUUCGCUUAUACACGCCAUGAACCUGUGGGUGUAUGCGGUCAGAUCAUACCAUGGAACUUCCCACUGCUGAUGGCAUCUUGGAAGCUGGGUCCUGCGCUGGCCACCGGAAAUACUAUAAUCCUCAAGCCAGCGGAGCAGACACCGCUCACCGCGUUGUAUCUCGCUCAGCUCGUAAAGGAAGCAGGUUUCCCCGAGGGUGUAGUUAAUGUGCUGCCAGGAUUCGGAGAUGCCGGAGCCGCACUUGUGCAGCAUCCUGAUGUCGACAAGAUUGCCUUUACUGGGUCUACGGAAGUUGGCAAAUCGAUCCAACGUGGUGUUGCUGACACCAUCAAACGUGUGACAUUAGAAUUAGGUGGGAAAUCUCCUAACAUAAUCCUAGCUGAUGCCGACCUGGAGUACGCGGUGGACAAGGCACAUAUGGCUGUGUUUUAUAAUAUGGGACAAUGUUGCUGCGCUGGUUCACGUACAUUUGUCGAAGAAUCCAUAUACGAUAAAUUCGUGGAAAUGUCAGCGGAGCGAGCCAAAAAGAGGGUAGUCGGAGAUCCUUUCAAUCUAGCCACAGAACAGGGUCCUCAAGUUGACAAGGAACAGCACCAGCAAAUCCUACGUCUAAUAGAAAGCGGGAAAAGUCAGGGUGCGAAGUUAGUCACGGGUGGGGGUCGUGCUGGAAGCGUCGGCCAUUUUAUACAACCAACUGUAUUUAGCGAUGUGAAAGAUGAGAUGGAUAUAGCACGCUAUGAGAUAUUUGGCCCGGUGCAGCAAAUUAUGAAGUUCUCCAAAAUGGAUGAACUUAUCCAACGCGCUAAUGACACGCAUUACGGUCUAGCCGCUGCCAUAUUCUCUAAGGAUUUGGACAAAACCAAUUAUCUUAUACAGGGUCUACGUGCAGGUACGAUCUGGGUGAAUGACUACAAUGUAUUCGGUAACCAAGUACCGUUCGGAGGCUACAAGCAGUCAGGCCUUGGCAGAGAGAACGGACCCUACGGCAUCAACAACUACACAGAGGUCAAAGCUGUAGUCGUCAAGGUCACUGAGAAGAACUCAUAAAUAUCUAAAACUGCGUGUAACUCUUAACAUUGUCGUGGUGCUUUCCUUACCACGACAAGAAAUAAUGAUAGUUAUUAAUACUCAGUUCCCACGGCAUUUAUUUUUAAAUAAUAAGUGUACUGAAGUC